AUGAAGGAGAAGAAGGCGACGACGGCCGCGGCACCUGCGGCUGCCAAGAAGAGAUCGGGGGCUGCGGCGGCACCCGCAUCCAAGAAGCGCGAGUCCGGUGGAGCGGGCAGAGGCAGGCCGCGUAAGCGGGCACGCGAUGACGGCGACGGCGACGGCGACGGCGACGGCGACGGCGAUCCACCCAGCCACGGCGAUCUCAUCAGCAAACUUCCCGACGACAUCCUGGGCACCAUCAUCUCGCUCCUGCCCACCAAGGAUGGCGCCCGCACGCAGGCCCUCGCCCGCCGGUGGCGUCCUCUGUUCGCACAAGAAGCCGCUCAGGUCGAGAGUUGGUUCCACUCACGGGCCCUUGACGGCCUUCAGGAUCUCCACAUCCGCUUCGACCUCCUGGACCGUAGACAUCAGCCUGAGAAGCGUUACCCGCUGCCACCAUCGGUGCUUCGACUUUCAUCAACCCUUGUCGUGGCCACAAUCAGCUUCUGUGAAUUCCCAAAGGAGAUAGCUCCUUCUGUGAGUUUUCCUUUGCUCAAGCAGCUCAACCUAUGGCGUGUUUCCAUCUCUGAGGAUGUCUUCCGUGGGGUCCUCUCCGGUUGCCAUGUCUUGGAGUCACUAGCUCUAGAAAUCAUGGGUGAUGUGGGUUGCUUCCGUAUCAGCUCACCAACUCUUCGGAGUGUGCGCCUCAGUGCUUGUUUUCCAAACAAAGGAGAAUUGAUCAUCGAGGAUGCCCCUAGCCUUGAAAAACUGGUACUAUCUUCUUCAACCAAUGUUAGGGAUAAUAUCCGUGUAAUUAGGGCACCUAAACUGGAAAUAUUGGGCUAUUUGUCACCCUGCAUUUCUGAAAUCCAGAUUGCAAACCUACUCUUCAAGAGUUUAACCCCAGCCAGCUUGAAGAACACGAUAAGCACUGUCAAGGUUUUGGCUCUCGAGUUUUCCAUCCCUGAUUUGGAUGAUGUUAUUGAUGUCUUAAGAUGCUUCCCGUGCUUGGAAAAGCUCUAUGUCAUUUAUUUCAGAUUCUUAAAUAUACCUCUGAAAGAAAAUGUCCACCAGUAUGACCCAACAGAUCAAGUCAAAUGCCUUGAGACCCAUCUAAAAGAACUGGUGUUGGAGACUUAUGAGGCCAGUGAGCAAGAUGUUUGCUUUGUGAAGUUCUUUGUUUUGAACGCAAAAGUGUUAAAGAAAAUCAAAUUUGGAGUUAGUGAGAAGCUCGGCAAGGAAUGGAUGGCUGAUCAGUACAGGCUGCUAGAAAUGGGAGCUAGAGCUUCUCCAGAUGCACAAUUGGAAUUCUUAUGUAGGGCUGAUGUGAAUCCCUUCACCUGAUCUUGGUUAAAUGGGGUGGAUGCUCUUUCAGAAGACCUAAAAGUUAAGAGUCCUUGUUGUUAUUAUGAACUAUCCCAACAAGGAGUAUCUCGGUAAUUUCCAUUUCAAUUUGUGAAACAUUAUUCAGCGGGUAAAUGUUGAUUUCAAGAAUUACAACUCUGUUUGAAU